GCUUCAUCUUGUUUUUCCGGGUGCGCUCCAUCUUCCAGCGCCGACCGAGCAGAGGCAGCAACCGCAUCUUCCAUCUCGCCGGGAAGUGCUCCAGUAACGGAAUAUUUUUGUACAUCGCAUCGAUUCUCACAUCCCUUAAGCUGUCAGAAUGACUGACUCCAAGUAUUUUACCACCAACAAAAAAGGUGAAAUCUUUGAGCUGAAGGCUGAGCUGAACAAUGAGAAGAAGGAGAAGAGGAAAGAGGCAGUGAAGAAGGUCAUUGCAGCCAUGACAGUGGGGAAGGAUGUCAGUUCCUUGUUUCCAGAUGUGGUAAACUGCAUGCAGACCGAUAACCUGGAGCUGAAGAAACUGGUUUACCUGUACCUUAUGAACUAUGCCAAGAGUCAACCUGACAUGGCCAUCAUGGCCGUUAACAGCUUUGUCAAGGACUGUGAGGAUCCCAACCCUUUGAUCCGAGCUCUGGCUGUGCGUACAAUGGGCUGUAUCCGCGUGGACAAGAUCACUGAGUACUUGUGCGAGCCUCUGCGAAAGUGUCUGAAGGAUGAAGACCCCUAUGUGAGGAAGACCGCAGCAGUGUGUGUGGCUAAACUGCAUGACAUCAACGCCCAGAUGGUGGAGGACCAGGGCUUCCUGGAUUCUCUCAGGGACCUCAUCGCUGACUCCAACCCCAUGGUUGUGGCAAAUGCAGUUGCUGCUCUGUCUGAGAUCAGCGAGUCUCACCCCAACAGCAACCUUCUGGACCUGAACCCUCAGAACAUCAAUAAGCUCCUGACGGCCCUCAAUGAAUGCACUGAGUGGGGCCAGAUCUUCAUCCUGGACUGUCUUUCUAACUACAACCCCAAAGAUGAGCGUGAGGCCCAGAGUAUCUGCGAGCGUGUGACCCCACGUCUCUCUCACGCUAAUUCGGCUGUGGUGCUGUCAGCAGUGAAGGUACUGAUGAAGUUUCUGGAGCUCCUGCCUAAAGACUCCGAUUACUACAACACUCUUCUGAAGAAGCUCUCUCCUCCCCUCGUCACGCUGCUCUCUGGGGAACCCGAGGUCCAAUAUGUGGCCUUGAGGAACAUCAACCUUAUUGUGCAGAAACGGCCUGAGAUUUUGAAGCAAGAGAUCAAAGUGUUCUUUGUCAAGUACAAUGACCCCAUCUACGUCAAACUGGAGAAACUGGACAUCAUGAUUCGCCUGGCUUCUCAUGCCAACAUUGCUCAGGUACUGGCUGAACUGAAAGAGUAUGCCACUGAAGUGGAUGUAGACUUUGUUCGGAAAGCCGUUCGAGCCAUCGGCCGAUGUGCCAUCAAAGUGGAGCAAUCAGCUGAGCGCUGUGUUAGUACCCUGCUGGACCUCAUCCAAACUAAAGUCAAUUACGUCGUGCAAGAGGCCAUUGUGGUCAUCAGGGACAUCUUCCGCAAAUACCCCAACAAGUAUGAGAGCAUAAUUGCCACUCUGUGUGAAAACCUGGACUCUCUGGAUGAACCAGACGCUCGAGCUGCCAUGAUAUGGAUUGUGGGCGAGUAUGCAGAGCGUAUCGACAAUGCGGAUGAGCUCUUGGAGAGUUUCCUUGAGGGCUUCCAUGAUGAAAGCACUCAGGUCCAGUUGACUCUGCUGACAGCAAUAGUGAAGCUGUUCCUGAAGAAGCCCUCAGAGACUCAGGAGUUAGUUCAGCAAGUGCUCAGUCUGGCCACUCAGGACUCUGAUAACCCUGACCUGCGUGAUCGCGGCUACAUCUACUGGCGUCUUCUGUCCACUGAUCCUGUGACCGCUAAAGAGGUUGUGCUGUCUGAGAAGCCUUUGAUUUCAGAGGAAACAGACCUGAUCGAGCCCACCCUGUUGGAUGAGCUCAUCUGCCACAUUGGCUCGCUGGCCUCCGUCUACCACAAACCCCCCAAUGCCUUUGUGGAAGGAAGCCACGGCAUUCACCGCAAACAUCUGCCCAUCCAGCACGGCAGUAUCGACACCGGGGAGAGUCCAGUCAGUGCCGGCCCGGCUGCUUCUAUCGAUCAGCCCCAAGUUAUUCCAUCUCAGGGUGACCUUCUGGGAGACCUUCUUAAUCUGGACCUCGGUCCCCCUGUCAACGUGCCACAGGGGUCUUCCAUGCAGAUUGGCGCAGUGGAUCUUCUCGGAGGUGGUCUUGACAGUUUGCUCGGGGGAGAUCUGGGAGGAGGUGUUGGGGGCAGUCCUGCAGUGGGCCAAAACUUCAUCCCAUCAUCGGUGCCCAACACCUUUGCGCCGUCUCCUACACCUGCCGCUCUCAGCAGCGGCCUCAAUGACCUGUUUGAGUUGUCCUCAGGAAUGUCCAUUGCUACAGGAGGAUAUGUGGCACCUAAAACUGUAUGGCUGCCAGCAGUGAAGGCAAAAGGGCUGGAGAUAUCUGGAACCUUCUCUCGGCGUCAAGGGCACAUGUACAUGGACAUGAGCUUCACCAAUAAAGCCCUGCAACACAUGACUGACUUUGCCAUUCAGUUCAACAAGAACAGUUUUGGAGUGAUCCCCACCACACCUCUCCCCGUUCACACUCCACUGAUGCCCAGCCAGAGCAUCGACAUCUCCCUCCCUCUUAACACCAUCGGCCCUGUGAUGAAAAUGGACCCACUUAACAACCUACAGGUGGCUGUGAAAAACAAUAUUGAUGUCUUCUACUUCAGCACGCUGAUCCCUCUCAACGUCUUCUUCGUGGAAGACGGCAAAAUGGAGCGUCAGGUGUUCUUGGCCACAUGGAAGGACAUUCCUAAUGAGAACGAGCUGCAGUACCAGAUCAAAGACUGCCACUUAAACGCAGAUACGGUGUCAGGCAAACUGCAGAACAACAACGUCUACACCAUCGCCAAGAGGAACGUCGAAGGCCAGGACAUGCUGUAUCAGUCGCUCAAACUUACCAAUGGGAUCUGGAUCCUCGCCGAACUCCGCAUACAACCUGGCAAUCCCAAUUACACGCUCUCUCUGAAAUGCAGGGCUCCAGAGGUGUCUCAGUAUGUGUACCAGAUGUACGACGCCAUUCUGAAGAAUUGAACGUCUCUAUCUCUGUCCUUUCCCCCCCUCCACAUAUAUGUCUCCAGAAUCCAGCUCUUCAUGUUUUCUGCCAUUGUUUUAAAUCCAUCUAUAGGUACCAGUUUACUGUAAGAAUCAUGUUCUGUUCUGGCCAAAUGUCUUGAUGUUGUUGUUAAAGUGUUGAAGGGAAUUUUGGAACACAGCUGCAGUGUGAUUAUAUAUUUUUUUAAUUGUUUAAAUGCUUUGUCAGUACUUCACCUUCACAUGCCCUGUAUUUGGCCAUAUGCAAAGAAGGAAAAAAAGUGUACGAGUUGAAUCUAUAAACAGCAUUGAGGGAAUGUAACGAAGCAAGUGUCUGGCAUACAGAAACUCUUUUUUUUUUUUUUUUAAUGGUAACCACUAUAGUUAUCUAAAAUGAGACCAUUUUUGGCAUUACUGCGUUUGUUUCAUUCUCCAAUAUGCUGCAAUGUUGCUUCAUGCAAUUGUACAACGUGCCAGCUAUCUCAUAUUAGCCUUGCAUGCUUUGACCAACAUGAAAACGCCACAUUCCUUUUAAUGUUUUGUGUAACUUGUUCAUCUUAAUCGCCGUAUGAACGUGCAGACACUCCAUCAAUGUCUUACAUUGUUUGAUUUGCUAUGAAUCAACUUAAUGUGAUAAGACUCAAACAUGUUUUCUAUCGAUCUUGUAUAAGUGGGUCAUCUGAUAUUCAUUCCCAGACUGAAUCCAUCCAUAUGUGAUAUAUUGUGCUUGUGAAAGUAGGUUUUGUGAGGUCUCUUUGGAGUGUUAGAAAUAUCUGUUCAGCAUUAGUGUACCUCGCUCAGCUUUGGUUUAAAACUAAUACACUAACAUAGAGAUGCAAUAAAAAAUUCAUCAACUUCGACUCAGCGAUACAAGGAUGGAUCACUUUCGGACUUUUGAGUAGAGUAUGUUUCUUUCCCUGAAACCUAACUAGUCUUCAUGGUGGUGCUGGUGACUAAAUGUGAACUUUUUUCGUUGCCAUAGUUGCUAAUGUGCCUGUGAACCUGCAUGUAAGCAGCGUCCAAUAAACAUCUGCCAGUAGAAUGCUUGUGUAAGAAGGUGAAAUAUUAAUAAGUAACCCUUAAAUGUGCAAAUGUGAGUUUAAAUCAUUUAUAUUGCCAGUGUGAUCACAGUACAUCUCAAUACUGAAAUGUGACAUAAAUUCAACAAAAUGUCUGACCAAAUUUCUCCAGAUUUAUUUUACGGAUUCAAAAUAAAGUCAGCAUUGUUGACAUCCCAAA